GGAAGCUUUUUCUGUCACAGGAACCUCUGGAAGAUCAUCGCUCAAGCGAAGGGAAUGAAAGUUCUAUUCAUUGUCCAGCAUUGACAAGGUUUGAAAGUACUAAAUUCCUGGUUACUGAUCAUUUUUGUGUGAGUGAGAGCCAAGGUCCAGUUUAGGGUCAUUCCAUGGCGAUGACGAACGAGAAGGUGUGUGUCACCGGCGCUUCUGGUUUCCUGGCAUCUUGGCUCGUGAAGCGGCUAUUGGAGGAGGGAUAUCACGUCGUCGGGACUGUGCGCGAUCCAGACGAUGCGAGCAAGACUUCCCACCUGUGGGAGCUUCCAGGGGCGAGAGAGAGGCUGGAGCUCAAGAAGGCCGACCUUGUCACGCAAGGGGCCUUUGAUGAUAUUGUUCAAGGCUGCCAUGGAGUUUUCCAUGUCGCGGCUGCCGUGACUUUCACCUACAAGGAGGAUCCACAGGCCGAGAUUGUUGAUCCAUGCUUGCUUGGAACUCUAAACGUGCUCAAUGCCUGCAAGAGAUCCACGACAGUCAAGCGAGUGGUGUGCACGUCAUCCGUGGCUGCUGUUCGCGUGAGGAACGACUUCAAGCCCGAUGACGUCUUGGAUGAAUCGGUGUGGAGCUCCCCAGACUGCUGCCGUGAGACUCAGAUGUGGUAUGGUCUGGGAAAGACUCUAUCCGAGCAAGCAGCACUCGAGUUUGGGAAAGAAAGCGGCAUAGAUGUGAUCACAAUCGCUCCCAGCUUAAUCGCUGGAGAACUUCUCUCGUCCAGGCCCACCGCAAGCGCUGCCGAUAUUCUCCGGCUGCUCCAAGGAGCCAAGCAGUGGAUGGAUCACACUGGACACGUCCAUCUCGACGACGUUGCUCAAGCUCACCUCCUCGCCUACACAAAUCCCAAAGCCAGUGGAAGAUACGUUUGCUCUGCUAUCAACAUGAGUGCGAUCGAGCUCGCCAGCUUCAUGUCCAAGAGGUAUCCCAAGCACAAAAUCGCCUCUACCGACGAGAUCGAGGUCCGGUGGCCGGCAAAUUUCAAGGGAUUCAGCUCCAGAAAGCUUCAGGACGACCUUGGGAUCCAAUUCAAGUCGCUGGAGCAAAUGUUCGACGAUUGCGUUGAGAGCCUGGAACGCAAGGGCCUCUUAGACGCAAGUAAGAGUAGAUCGCUUGGCUCAUUUCCUUCUUGAUCCAGGUAACGCAAGUGUGGCAUGUAUGGCUAGCAAAAUAAGCACUAUAGUCAUGAUUGAAGCACUAUAGGUCCAUCUUUACUGAUUCUCCAGCUUUGCCAGCUCCAGGAGGAGCAAAGAGCGCUAUUAAAAAAAUUUAAUUACAAAACCAUAUCAA